CGAAGCACAGCCUCCACUCUGAUCUCGUUGAGGAUGGGACGCAAAUGUUUCCUUUUUUUAACUAUUUUCUUUCUUCUCUUUCCUGCAAUUUUCUGCUGCCCAAGCCGAUGCCUGUGCUUCAGAACUACUGUCCGUUGCAUGCACUUGAUGCUGGAUCAUAUCCCGAAAGUAGCACCGCAGACUAUUAUCCUGGAUCUGAGAUUUAACAGGAUCAGAGAAAUUCCACCUGGAGCUUUUAAGAGGCAAAAGAACCUAAACACACUGUUAUUGAACAACAACCAAAUCAAGAGAAUACCAAGAAAAGCAUUUGAAGACUUGGACAAUCUGAAAUACCUCUAUCUGUACAAGAACAGCAUACGUACAAUUGAUAAGCUGGCAUUUAAAGGGCUUAUGAUGCUGGAGCAGUUAUACAUUCAUUUCAACCACAUAGAGGUACUAGAGCCAGAAACAUUUCGUGAUCUUCCCAAACUAGAGAGAUUAUUCUUACAUAAUAAUAAAAUAUCAAGAAUUCCUGCUGGAACCUUCGCUCAUCUGAGUUCACUGAAACGACUUCGCUUGGAUUCUAAUGGCCUCGUGUGUGAUUGUCAGCUGAUGUGGCUGGGAGAAUUACUGAAGAAUUAUGCCCAAAGCAGCAACACGCAAGCAGCUGCAACAUGCGAGUAUCCUAGGGAAUUACAGGGCAGAUCAGUUGCCUCAGUAACAACAGAAGAGUUUAACUGUGCAAGGCCACGAAUUACUUCGGAACCACAGGAUGUGGAUGUAACCUUCGGAAAUACUGUCUACUUUACCUGUAGAGCUGAGGGGAAUCCCAAGCCUAAAAUUGUCUGGCUACAUAAUAACCAUGAAUUGCACAUGAAAAAUGACAUUCGUCGGAAUUUACUAGAUGAUGGUACCUUGAUGAUCCAGAAUGCACAAGAAUCUGACCAAGGGACAUAUCAGUGCAUGGCCAAAAAUGAAUUGGGAGAGGCCACAACUCAAGGCGUUUUACUUCGAUACUUUGGUAGUCCAACAAAGCCCAAUUUUGUGAUUCAGCCGCAGAACACUGAAGUUCUAGUUGGAUCGAGUAUCACUCUGGAAUGCAGUGCAAUUGGUCAUCCUCAGCCUCGAAUUACAUGGACUAAAGGAAAUGGAGAACUCCUCCCUGCACAUUCCAGAUACACCACAACUCCAUCAGGUGGUCUCUUUAUUCGGAAUGUUACUCUCCAGGACCAUGGCCAGUUCAUUUGUCAUGCCAGUAAUAAUCAAGAUUCCAUCCAGUCCUCAGCAUCCAUCAUUGUACAAGCUCCUCCUAGGUUCACAGUUACACCAAAGAAUCAGGAAGUUAUUGAGGGGCAUACUGUAGAUUUUGACUGUGCAGCUGAAGGUAAUCCAAUUCCAAUAAUCGCUUGGACCAAAGCAGGAGGUCAGCUCCCCAAUGAUAGAAGGCAUGCUGUAUUACCUACAGGAACACUGAGAAUUGUAGAAGUUGCUGCUCAUGAUCAGGGGCAAUAUGAAUGCCAGGCUAUCAGUGUUGUACAAGUCAAACUGAUUCCAGUGCAACUGAAAGUGCAGCCCAAAGUGAUACCGGUGUUUACAGAUGUACCAAGGGAUAUCACCGCAGAGCUUGGCCAAGAUGUAAAGAUACCCUGCAGUGCUCAGGGAGAACCACAUCCCAUAAUCACCUGGACUAAGGAUGGAGUUCAAAUUACAGAGAGUGGAAAGUUCCAUGUUAAUGCAGAAGGGACACUUGCUAUCAGGGAUAUUGGGCAAGCAGAUGAAGGAAGAUAUGAAUGUGCUGCACGGAAUAUGAUUGGCCAAGCAACAACAAAUAUGUUACUAAGAGUGACUGUUCCAGAGAGGGGUCGAACUGGUGACCAUUUUGUUGAGUCUUCCAUUCGUGAAGCUAUUCUUAGCAUUGACAGUGCAAUUAAUUCUACUCGGAGGAAAUUAUUUAACAAGCAGCCACUUAGUCCAAAUGAUCUGCUGGCUUUAUUCCGUUAUCCACGGGAUCCCUUUACUGUGGAGGCUGCAAGAGCAGGCGAGAUCUUUGAGAGAACUUUGCAACUGAUACAGAACCAUGUCAAGCAAGGCUUAACUGUGGACUUCAACGACAUAGACUUCCGCUACAACGAUCUUGUUUCUCCACGUUAUCUGGACUUAAUAGCCAAUCUCUCUGGGUGCACUGCGCAUAGGCGGUUCCCAAACUGCUCGGACAUAUGUUAUCACCAAAAAUACCGAAGCCACGAUGGCACAUGUAACAAUCUCCAACAUCCAAUGUGGGGAGCAUCCCUCACAGCAUUUGAGAGAAUUUUGAAACCAGUUUAUGAAAAUGGUUUCAGCCUCCCAAGAGGUACUGAUUCCCACCACCGGUACAAUGGCCACCCUUUACCACUCCCUCGCCUCGUUUCUACAACAAUGAUUGGGACAGAGGCGAUAACUCUAGAUGACAAAUUUACACACAUUCUGAUGCAGUGGGGCCAAUUCCUGGACCAUGAUUUGGAUCUAACUGUGCCAGCUCUCAGUAUGUCUCGGUUUUUUGAUGGAGAGUCUUGCAGUUCUGCGUGCAGUAAUGAUCCCCCUUGCUUUCCAAUUAUCAUCCCAGAAAAUGAUCCUCGAGUAAGAAAUGCUAAAUGCAUGUUUUUUGUUCGUUCCAGUCCAGUAUGUGGUAGUGGUAUGACUUCCUUAUUAAUGAAGUCAGUAUAUGCCAGAGAGCAGAUCAAUCACCUAACAUCGUAUAUAGAUGCAUCAAAUGUGUAUGGUAGUACAGACCGUGACUCCAUGGAAAUUAGAGACCUUACAAAUCAGCAUGGCCUAUUAAAAGAAGGUGAAGUUGUGCGAAGUUCUGGUAAACGGAUGUUGCCUUUUGCCACAGGCCAAACUAUAGAAUGCUUGAAAGAUGAAAAUGAAAGUCCAAUUCCUUGCUUCCUGGCAGGAGAUCAUAGAGCAAAUGAACAGGUUGCACUGACAGCUAUGCAUACCUUGUGGUUCCGUGAACAUAAUCGUAUUGCAAGUGAGCUCCUGAGAUUGAAUCCUCACUGGGAUGGUGAUACUGUUUAUCAAGAAGCACGAAAGAUUGUUGGAGCGCAGAUGCAGCACAUCACAUACUACCACUGGCUCCCCAAAAUUCUUGGAGAUGUGGGAAUGAAAAUGCUAGGACCAUAUAAUGGCUACAAUCCAAAUAUGAAUGGUGCAAUUUUUAAUGCUUUCGCCACAGCAGCUUUUCGGUUUGGUCAUACAUUAAUCAAUCCUAUUCUCCAUCGACUGAACAGUUCUUUUCAACCAAUUCCAGAAGGUCACCUUCCUCUUCACAAAGCUUUCUUCUCGCCAUUCAGACUUAUCCAAGAAGGGGGUAUUGAUCCACUUCUCCGUGGCCUUUUUGCAUCUGCAGGGAAAAUGCGAGUCCCUUCAGAGGUUCUCAAUUUAGAAUUGACUGAAAGGCUCUUUUCCAUGGCUCAUGCUGUAGCUUUGGACUUGGCAGCAAUGAACAUUCAACGGGGUCGUGAUCAUGGCAUCCCCUCCUAUUCGGAUUACAGAGUAUUCUGUAACCUGAGUACUGUUCAGACCUUUGAAGACUUGCAGAAUGAGAUUCAGAAUGCAGAAGUAAGAGACAAACUAAGAAGGUUGUAUGGAACACCACAGAACAUUGAUCUUUGGCCAGCACUGAUGGUUGAAGAUGUAAUUCCUGGUACAAGAGUGGGACCCACCCUCAUGUGUCUGUUUAUAACUCAGUUCAAAAGGCUGAGGGAUGGUGACAGGUUCUGGUUUGAGAAUCCAGGAGUAUUUGCCCCAGCUCAAGUAACACAACUGCAGCAAAGUUCUCUAGCAAGUGUGCUCUGUGACAAUGGUGAUGAUAUUCAGCAGGUCCAGAAGGAUGUAUUUUUAAAAGCAGAAUACCCUCAAGGAUAUGUAACCUGUGAUGAAAUUCCAAGAAUAGAUUUGCGAUUAUGGCAAGAUUGUUGUGAAGAUUGUAGAGCAAGGGAACAGUCUAAUGUAUUUUCACACCAAUUCCGUAGUAAACGUUCACCAGAGUUCAGUUAUCCGGAGGAUAAGCACACAAGAGAUUCUACAAUCACAUCUGUUGCACAGCAAGGAAGGUACAAGCAAGACUUCGGUAAAUUUUUGAAUUCAACAGUUUUUCCCACUAAUGACAAGACUCCUCAGGAUUUCAGUGGCUUUGUGGCAGAUGUGCAAAAGACUAUCACUUCCCUUCGGAGCCAGAUUGAUCAACUUGAAUCACGCCUGAAAAAGAAUGGCUGCAUGGAUGAAAAGGGAAAUCACAGGAAUGAAAAUGACCAUUGGAGAAAGGAAAGCUGCACUACCUGUUACUGUAAAAAUGGACAGGUGACCUGCUAUGUAGAAAAAUGUCCUCUUCUCAAGUGCUCCAAAUCUACCAAAAAGAAAGGGAGGUGUUGUCCUGUCUGCGUGAAGUCAGCAAGUAAAUUUGAACCUUUUGCAUAGUUCUGGAUAAAAGAAUGUAGUACUUGGAGGGGAAAAAAAAAUAUGUGUUUCUCAGCCUCUUGCAAUGUCUACUGAUGUCUGGAUAACAAAGACAGGGAGAGAAUGAACUUUCUGGUCUUAUGUUGACCAUUGCUGGCACUCUGCACUAGUCCAUUUUCUCACAUUAAGCAAUGUCUCAUUUUAAAGAAAAGAUCAGUUUCAUCAAAGUGUUAAAUCAGCCCUCAGUAACAAAUUUAUGGAGUUAAAACUAUUUGCAGUUUAAAUAUGAAAUGACUCUCACUGUUAACCUUUUACAAAAAUAAAAACAGAAAAUGUUCUGAGUACUCAGCAGGCCAAGCAGCUUCUGUGGAAAGGGAAUUGAAGUUAACUUUACAAUUUGGUGAACAUAUGUGGUUCUGAUGAAAACCUGAAAUGUUGAUCUGAUUUUGCAGUUAGUGGUGAAGUAACAGUGCUCAUAUUGGUCCACAAAAAAAGCUACCCACAAAUAUCUAGCAGUCUGGUAGAAGGAAAGUUCCCAGUGCCACAAUGCUGAUUUGAAAUUGGUGCUAUAAACCAAGAGAACCUCUAGGCCUUUGACAAUGCUGAUGCCAAGAAACAGAAUAAGUAGUCAGUCAGGUUGACACAUUCUCACAGAGAGCAAAUCAGGAACUAAAAUGCAGGGUCUUUCACUUUUAAUUUAAAUUUUAAAAAUCAAAAUAAAUGAUUGGAAAAUAUUCAUUGAAUUAAGUCAGAAGCAAAAAUACAAAUAAGGUAUUAUUCUUAACAUCUGUUGUGUUAAUAUAUUGGAGAAAUUUAAUGUUUCACAAAUGUAACUUUUAGUUUUUAGGGACAGAACUUUUAUUCAGCAGUAAUUAUAAAAUCUAAUAUAAUUUUCACAAAACCCAGUGCCAAUCAUUCAAUAAGAUGGAACCUCUUCAGGAUGUUUGCAAUAUCACUUAAAAAAACAACUUAAAGCCAACCUGAGUAGCAAUCCUUCACCACUGCUGUAUGUUCUGCUGAGUGCCUCGAGCAUUAUUCUUUUUCAGAUUUCUGGUAUCAACAUAUUUUACUCUGGCAUGAAGAUGCUGGAAUUUAUUUGAAAAACAUUGCUAUUUAUCACAUUGUCAAGGUACCUUAUCAUUUUAAAACUCAUUACUUAGAUACUGCAGUUAUGAUUUGCAUUUUAAUUAAUUUAUUUUUUUUGAAGCAGUGAUAAAUAUUAAGGUAAUGUUCACUGAGAAGUGAUUAUGUUGUCUUCACAUACACUAUCCAAAGACUAACCAUUUGGUAAAUUCCAACGGUGUUCAUUAUACUGUUCAAGAGAACAUCAGUAGCCAUGAUGGUGAUUGUGUAAAGACCCAUUUUCUUCAUUCUACCAAAUGUACCUCACACCUUUUCAAAGCCAGGGAUGUGUUGUGCACAAAUAUGGUGCUGAUAAUUAUGCCUCAAAAUUGGAUCAUUGUUGGAUUGUAUUAUUCUUUUCUAAUUUUAUAUAAAGAUUUGUAACAAUACAAAUAUAGUACCAAUGAUCUGAUGUAACACUUGAAAUGUUCAGUUUUAAAGCUUGUUAGCAAAGUAAUUGGAAUUUUAGACUUUUGAGCAAUGAGUAUUUGAAAUGUCAUUUAAAUAUAAAUUACUAUUCUUAUAUUUCGCAAGCUUUAAGAAUCAUUUACAUACCUAUAUAUGCCUUGACUAUAGUACUGCACAUAUGUGAAAUUUACAGCUACAGAAUAGUACAUUUCUUUCUUGAAAAAUAACUUUGGUUUUAAAGCAUUACACUUUUUAUGGGUAGAUUGGUACCCGAGACCCUUGGUGCUUCAACAAUUUUUGCAUUCAUGUAUGUUUGGUAUCAGCAAUAAUACAUGAAGUUCAAUUCUUUUUGUACGUUCAUUGUGGCGGAAUUAUGUUGAAAAUUGUAAUCAUCUUUAUAUAUUCUGAUGUGAUUGUAUUUUAAUUUGUAAUUUUAUUUAUAAUUUUUAAUGCACGCAUCCAAAUAAAAAUCUAGAUAUAAAAAAACUUUAUUAGGCAUUGCUGUGGCCCGUUAGAGCACAUGGUGUUUAUAUUUUCAAAUUCAUUUUUAAAGUUAAAGCCAUUGUUCAUAUAUAUAUGAACAGUAUUAAAAACAUACUUUGUUUUUGCUUUGACAUUUGAUGUUGACGAAUGGAUAAAUAUUGGCUAAGACACUCUGGAGAAAUCUUUUUUCUCUUUUUUGAAACUGUGGCAUGGAUCUUAUGUCCUUUUUCAUGUUUAAGUAUUCAAAAUGGGACUUGUGCCCACAACAUGCUAAAAAUGAGAGUGUGCCUGUUAAGCAUAACUGCUAUGUAUCAUUAAUUUGCAAUUUAGCCUUCUCUGCUUCUAUGACAGUAAUCCCUGUAACUUAAGUUUCCCUUCCAUGGUGUAUUUAAGGAGAAACUAAAUGGACAUGAUGAAGAAGAAUUGGGCAAUAGAUGAAGUAGGGUGGGAGGACAAGUAUGUCCAUGUUCAGCUGAGUGGUUUCUUUCUAUCUGUUAACUUGUGCAAUAACAUCCCAGUUUUGACAGUUAACACGUGCAAGUUCUAAAAGAAUUCCAGUGCAUGAGAGGGUUAAUCUGUGCCAUUUCAUUUCAGUGGCAUAUGCCUGUGGCAAAACACUUGCAAAAAUUUAUUUUAAUGUAAUGAAAAAUGUCCUCUGCCUACUAGUUAUGACUGUGUACAGUAACAUGUACUACAAGUUUCUGGUGAUGUUUUAUAAUGAUACAAUAAUACUAUGAGUUUCUGUCUGAAAAUGAACUGAAUAUGUUUCAAUGAAAACAUUUAUGUCUGUAGUCAGCAAAAUAGAGACCAUUAAAAGGUUUGAAGUGUGA